GAAUGACUGUGUCCUCCGUCCGCCCAGAGCGGCCAAUCAUGCUGCUGGUCUGGGACGAAAACAAAGCUUCAGACCCAAGAUGAAGGCCCAGAGGGAAGCCGGGCUGUUUCACCACAUCCCGAUGCUUCUGUGUUUUGCUUUCUUCAAAUCAGGAGGGGUGCUGGCCGUGAACAUGACCAUCCCCAACACCCUGCUCAGAGGCACGGCGGGCGGCGAGGCCCUCCUGUCGGUCCGCUACAACAGCUUCAGCCUGGACCCGCCCGUCAUCAAGUGGCAGCUGAAGAGAGAGAAGUCCAUCACGGUGGUGCAGUCCAUCGGGACCGACAUCAUCGGGACCCCCAGGCCCGAGUACCGGGACCGGAUCCUGGUCUUUGAGAACGGGACCCUGCUCCUGCACAACCUCAGGCUGUCCGACGAAGGGAUUUACGACGUGGAGAUCUCCAUCACAGAUGACACGUUUCCAGGAGAAGGAAGCAUCACACUGACAGUGGACGAGUCGAUCUCCAAGCCCUUCAUCCACAUGGACACGUCCUCCAUACUGGAGCUCAGUGAAAACAUCGUCCUCAACUGUUCCCAUGACAACGGGACCAGGACCACGUACCGAUGGUUCAAAGGCGGGAAGCCGCUGAGCAACGUGACCAGGUUCACGCUGUCGCCCGAUCAGAAGUACCUGACCAUCUCGCGGGUGGUGAUGGCCGACGACGACCUGUACAGCUGCAGCGUGGAGAACCCGGUGGGCAACAUGAGCAGCCUGCCCCUCCGGCUGACCGUCUACAGGAGAAGUUCUCUGUAUAUCAUCCUUUCCACAGGAGGCAUCUUCCUCCUCAUCACUCUGGUGACAAUAUGUGCCUGUUGGACUCCCUCAAAAAAGAAGAAACAUCCACCUCGAACGCACCUGUCCAGGUUUUAUGAGCAGCCUGGUCACUCUCUGAUCAACCAAACAGAUGAUGGACUUCCUAAGAUUCCAGAGCGCAACGGGAUUAAUUCAGUCACUUCGCUUUACAUCCUGCAGCAUAAGGAUCCCUCCAUGGACGACUCCUCCAGCAACAGUAACGGCUCUCCCUCUGAAUUCGACAGCCCGCCGCGCUACAACGGCUUCUCCAAGUAUCCCGGCUCUCUCAAGCAGUCGAACGGGUCUCCUGCCCGCACCUCCUAUCGGAACAGCUGAUCGUCCGUCAGCUUUCAGUCUGAUAGGAAGUGGGAAGUCUUAACGUCAUGUACGGCACUUCAGCCACCUGGGAAACAGCUCACCUCUACUUUCUAGGUUUCUACGGUGUCAUUUUUUUCUUUUGAUGGAAGUGGAAUGUGAAUAUCAGACACUUUUUAAAAUUAGUGGCACAGCCUGGGAAGAAACAUGACUCUGAAGCCUGUUUUUUCAUUGUUGACUACAUUAAGCCCUAGGUUUGGCAAAAGGUGAGUUGUGUGCAUGAAGGUUGUGUCAGGAAAAGUGGAACUGUCCAGAUGAUAACAAAUGUCAUGUACAUUUCGGAUCUGCUACUAGUACUUCUGCAAUGUGUGAGAUUUUUCUAUACUUUUCUGUGAAAUCCAAUAGAUACUUUGUGGAAUAAUAAGAAUUCGUCUUUCACUUCUAAUAGAUGGUUUAAUCGUGGUGUCAACACAAAGGGAAAGACAAAGCCUGGUUUCAGUUUUAUACAUGAAUAAACUGUGAAAUCCUUUGAAGUCUGUUUUAGUUGUGUCUUGGAGCGCCUGUGAAUCUUUGGGUGUGGCAAAGCC